CCUCGCGACCAUAUCCCAUAACCUCCGUUUCCACGGAGACGAUGUUGCCAUGACGACAAGCUACAAACACCAGCUCCGCCAUGAUGACUUCGGAAGUUUAUUGAAGCGUCGACAUCCUGUCUUGUUGGAGAUUUCAAAGGCUACAUUUUUCCAACUUUUCUCCUUAAAGGAUCAUUGGUUCAACCUUUAAAAUUUAAACAAGGUUGUCCAUGUAUAACAUGAAAAGUUCAACGAGUUCAGAAAUGACGUCUGUUUCUGGCAGUGCGAGGAAACUCAGAAAGAAGCCACUCCUGUUAAAACUGACCAAUGCUUCACAGCUUCCGCAGAACACUAAUUGUCUGGCGUGUUCAGAUGAUGGCAGAUAUCUCUGCUUAGGUCAUGCGGGGGGCUUGUCUGUGUGGUGCGCGACUACACUGAACCAGGACGCCCAGUGGCUGCAGGAAAGGCUGGAGAUUACGUGCAUUCACAUGACCACCACCGGCGAUACCUUUUAUCUGCUGGCCAGUAUUGAUGAUAUGGGUGUUGCCAGAGUCUUUAUGUUUAACUUGGAAUGUAUUUAUCCUUUCAGCGUUAUUAACUCAUUGGAGGAUAUCAACAAAAGAAACGUUUGUUUCAACUUUGAAAUAUCUGAAGGAGGCGACUAUGGAGCUGCAUCAAUGAGGUGCAACACCGAUAUUUGGCUGGAUAUCUAUUACUUUCCAGUAGAUGACUGGAUGAGAGAGUUAAAGGAUCCCAAACUCUCUGCAAACAUGAAAUGGUCUCCAGCUCCUCGGGUGAAUAAAAUCAUGCCAUCAGCAGCGACCAUGACGGAUUUCUCCAACAUGUUGACUCACUGUUUGGUUCUAGAGGACACGAACGAGCCUCCCAGACAUUGCACUUAUCACUUUCUCCUGAAAUGUGGUCACUCUCAUGGCCAGAAUAAACCAAAGUCAGCAGGAUGUCCCAUAACUGUAUGUUUUUGGUGGAACGGAAGUUACAAUCUUCUCUACCACAUGCUGUCCAAAACAACAAAGUCCAAACAAGGUCCAGAACCUCAGCCAUCUGUGCUGUGGCCCAACGCAGCAGAAAUCGUAUGCUCCGCCAUCAGCAGAUGCACUCGUUUCAUUGCGCUUGGCCUCAGCAACACUCUUGUGUGUGUCUGGGACAGGCUAGCUGGCGCUCCCUUGUCUGUCUGUACGCUGUCAACAGACAGCGCCUUCCUCAGGCUGCAGUUUGCGGAUUACUGCCUUGCAUGCACUGAUAUUACCCAGACUUUAACCACAGGUGAAAUCCACCUUGUGGUGGUUUGUAAAAGUGGAGCAGUUUAUAUUAUGAAUACAAAGCGAGGAGAAGCAACCCGCUCAGCGCAACUCUCGCAAAGGCCAAAAGACAGUGGUGAUGUGCUGGCUGUUACUGCAUCCGUGGCAUUUCUGCGGGGCUUGUCACUUUUGGUGCAUCGUAAUGGGAAAAUGUUCCUGCAAGAUGUCGUCAACGGAGCCACAGUAUGUGCCCUGAUUCCUCCCACCAAUCAUCUGCUGGCUACCCACUGCACUCCUGUUUACGCUCUGAACGUCAAGCAGCACAUUCUGUAUAUGCAAGGGGUCCAGGAGUCCACCCUUUGUAGUUCAUCCAUAAGAGAUGAGCGUCCGAGUCAACUCCUCGUUCUACGUUUCGACGAGCAUGACGUCACCAAGCCAUAUGUUGUGUCACCACCACAAUCUCCAAGGCUACAAGCAAUAAGUAUUACCGGCGAAGAAGCUUGCAACGAUUAUCUCCAUGAAAGAGCUCUGUCAAUGGAGGAAAGGCACAAAUCCAUAACGCAGACAUGGAAGCGACUGCAGGAGACAGGUGCUUACGUAAAGAACUGCUAAACAUUUGUAUCUUACUCAUUGUUGAUAUUGUCAAAACAUUUUGCAAAAAUGCUGUUUAUCGUUUAAGUUCAAAUAUUGUGAUGUCCCAGCUUCUGUGGGCAUGGAGAUUAAUUUAUUCUUAUUCUAACAUGGCUCAUUUUAAUAUUCAAUGAAUC